GUGUGUGUGUGUGUGUGUGUGUGUGUGUAUUUAAAAGUGUUGGAUGGAGGCUGGGACCAUUAUUUCAAAAGGUUGGACAAAUUAAGAGCACAUCAGGACGCCCAGCGCAACAACAUCAGUGGUGAGUCCUCAACUUCUGCUUUUACUUACAUACAGAGCGUAUAAUGUGAUUGUUUAGGAGCAGAGAAAGUGUGGAUUAGUAAUAAUUCACCUAUUGAUUUAACUGUGUCUGCAUGUGCGAGACUCUCUUCUGCGGGAACUUACAGGCAAAUAUCUUGUGCUCCAUUUUCCACCGCCUGCUGAUGUGAAUUUUACCACUAAACACUCCAUUGCUUAGGUUUCCCUGAAAUUCACAUCAGCUGAUUUGGAUUACAAGUAAUAUUUCAAUGCCCAGAUUCAACAUGCUGCAUUGUUAUCCAGCAUACUGCGCUGCAUUACCAAAGACGUCUAAUAUGUCUACCCUACAGAAUAUCAGGCACGGUGUAGCUUUUGUUUCCCUCACUUAAAUACAAGCUGUAGACUUGACUUCAGAUGACUGGGGCCACUUUAAUGUAAGUUUUGGUUUCCAGCAGGGAUCAGUAAACAGUUCAGGCCGUUAUCAAGCUGAAGCUACCAGUCAGCAGCUUUCUGAUAGAGAGCCACACUGAUAGGACGUCUCAAACUGGAUUUAUGAUGUGCUGAAUUUAUCUGCAGACAUGUAGCUUGAGUGAUUUAAAACAAAUGACUUUAAGGGUUUUAACACGCCAUCAUGUUGGUUUUCCCUGUCUCUACCUCUGAGGAAAGGUUUGUAUGUUUGUUUUGUUCCUCUUGUGUUCAUCUCUUCAAACUUUAUUCAUUAUUUUGUGCACACACUCUCGGAAACCUUUGUCCCAGAAACUUAUUAAUAAAACACUUCAGGUCUUAACAAAUAACAGUGCCUGAUGAGUCUCUCCCUCCUCUUUGUCUUUCGUGACUCUCUUCUCCCAUGGGCCGAGCCCUAGGAGUCAGGCUUUUGUGUUUGUGUCCAACAAUCCGUCCAACUAUGUGACACCUCCAGAAGAUCCACAGUGACAUUUGCACACUCCCAGUCACUGUUCCCAUCAUUUAGUGUCAGUCCAGAUGCUGCUGCCUGCACUCGCCUCUACAUCCGCUCCUUAGAGGUCAGAGACUGUUUCACAGAUGGAUAUUGGCUUUUUUUCUUUUUGCCAUAUAUGUUCAUCACAAAACAUGGAUUAUCACCUGUCUUUUUUUUAAACAGUGAGUCACUUCCCACGGAUCUAUCACAUACAUGCAGAUGACACACCUCUCUUUAUACUGAUGAUACUCUUCUCACCAAGCAGGUUAUAUUCACUCAGCACAAUGGGAUUUAUUACAAGUUUAGAUUUACUGUGACAAGUAUCUUUCUGAAAUACAAGAUCAACACAUCAGUGCUUCUAAAAGGAGUUUAGGUUAUAGAACAGACUGACAUUGAUCCUGAUGCCUUUAUAUGACCUGAAAUACCAAACUGGAUCACGUUAGAUGACAUUGAUUACAUUUUUCCAGGCCUGAAACUUAUUUUUUAAGUUACAUGAACUACAAUUCAAAUAAAGGUGGAUGAAAUUCUGAAAGAGAUAAAUUGCCCUGCUUAGCCCACAGGGGGCACCAGAAUUGAUGCAGCCCAGAAGUUCCUUACAGUAGCUUUAAAGCAAGACUAAAACAGCAGACAGAUACAGUAAUGCCGAAGAAGUUGGGCCCUCAAAAAGUGAGCUAAAAUGGAAACUUACAAACUUUGAUGGCACCUAAUUUUUUUGCAGAAUAGCAAUGACUAUCAGUUAGCUUAUAAUGAGCCUUUUUUAAUCUAAAAUGUCCCCCUUUAGCAGGGUCUGUAAUAUUUCAUAACCUAGAAGAAGAAAAUGAAGUCGUUGACGUGCAAAAUAAUUCGUCAGACAGAUGAUUUCAUUGGUAAAAUCUUGAUGGAUGUGUCAUCGUGUUUGCAAUGCAUUACCGCAGUGUCUUGUCUUUAAAGGCCAUCAACGACAGACUAGUAAGUAGGGUGAGCAAGAGAGCCUUUAAACUUAGAGUCUGGCUGCUGGAUACUACGGAUGUAAAAGCAAAAACAGUUUUUCCUAUAAAUACAACAAAAGAAAUUGGACUUCUCUUGUUUGAUGCACUUUUAGUCCUUUAACCACUUGAAGCCCCCUUCACACUUUCUAAAAUACAUUCAUAGACCGAUGCCAAAGGAUAUUAUGCUAAGUGUUAGCCCACACUAAUCGGCACUUUGGAGCAAUUUGGGAUUCAGUGUUUUGCUAAAGGAGGCUUACUCUUCAACCAGAGUUAGGAUCAAACCACAAAACUCCUAAUAGAGAGAUUUGAUGUAAUUUGUGUUAUAAUAGAUGUUUGUGUGAUUAUAAAUGACAACAAAACUCAUGAAGGAUUGUUCUCGACAUGUGGUUUUAUUUAUUUGCUCUUUAAGUACGGUAAAUGUUUGUCCCUCCAGAACAAUUUAUCUUUUAGCCCUGUGUACAAAUUUACCCUUUGGACACCAUCUUCAAAGGGGGGACACUGAGCACUAGCAGCAGAAUUCCUGUGUUAUUUGUCUCUGAGAUCGAUUGUGGUCACUCCACUGAAGGCUGCAGCAUCAGAGAGCCUGAUUGGCUCCUCUGUGACUCUCUGAGUCAGUCCUGGUUCUCAUAAUGAACCAGUGAGCGAGGAUGAUAUGCGGGUGGGAGGACGCCGUUAAUCCUCAGUAAGCAUGCUGCAUGUCAAACAGCGCUGCUAAGAGAUUUACAGGCCAGUGUGGAGGUCACUCCCUCUGUCUCCUCUGGGUGGCUCAGGCCUCAACUCCUUUCGCUCUGACCCGCUCUGGUUUACUGUCUGUGGGGGAGGCGGAGGUCCCAGAGCCCUUUCAAUCUAACUGCUGUCCAAUAUUAACUGGAGCACAAACAGAAGAGCGGUAAACAAAAGGCAGAGUAAACACACUCCCAGGGCUUGGAGGACAAACAUGGACAGAUACACACACACACACACACACACACACACACACACACACACACACACACACACACACACACACACACACACACACACACACACACACACACAUUAAGUCCAGUAAACAGUUAAAAUGUAAAAGGUAGGUUUUGUUUAAGGUUGGUUUAAAAUGCAAUAAAUGUUAAAAGCAGCAUUAAUUCCAUAUUCAGCUCAUUUCACAUUGAUUUAAAGCUACCAUGAGGAGCUUUAAGUUAGAGUCAAGUUUGACUCUCCCUGUGAACAAAGCUCAUUUGGUGCUGUUCUGGUGUAAGAGGUUUACCUUUACUGGUUAAUAGUAUGACUCAGUAAGUGCCAUCAAUGUCAAAUAUGAAAAAGAAGUUUUCAGUGAAUCAGUUGAUCUAAAACCUGGUUCACAGCAGCUGUUUCCUGUGAGACAUAAUGUUUAGUCAGCCAGUUGUUAUGCAAAAUAAAAUACCAACAACCUGACAUGAAGCAGGAUACCUGGUGAGUAGUGCUGGCAAAAUAUCAGACUUUCAACCUCACUGUUUUCGUGGCCAUAAAAUUAAAGCCACUGAUUUGAUUGGCUGUCUGGAAGUGAAGGUUUGGACUAGUGCAGACAGAUGCAGAGGCAGAGACCCGCCCCCCAAAACGGCGAGCUCUCCAGGAGAACCAGCCCCAGUAUGUUUUAGCAUCUAACCCUGAAUUAGAGAAGGCAGUGCCAAAAUUUGAGGGCUUUCUUGUUUGAAUGUAUCUUUUGACAUCUUGACUCUUCAACACUGAAGCAAAACCACAACAGUGAAGGAGAAAUCUGGUUUACUGAGGGAGUGGGAGUGGCUUGUAGACAAAUUACAUCAGAUAGAUAAAAACUCAAAUCACCUUGUAGAUGUUUUCAUAAAAGACGUACGACAGGAACAAUACAGAGUCCUUUUUUGCUUCCACAUCUCAGGGUUGCUGGGCUGGGCGAAGAAUAAAGUACAUAUAUGUUUGAACAAGAGAGAAAUAUUUGCUAUAAUAUAAGGCCUUUAAAAACUCAACACAGGAGCUUUGACGAUGUAGAUUAUCUUAUUUGUCUCAUCAGAUUUAAUAAAAAUCAAUUAUUUUCUUUACCCAGCUGUUGCACCCUGGGACAUGUCCAUUCAGGCCAGAUCCCAACACACACAUCCAAAAACACUACGUGUGUCACCCAAUCUGCUCCUGAGGGUUAAAGUCUCCAUCUUUCCAGCCCAUAAUCUAUCCUUGAUCUCCUCUGAUCUGUGAAACACCGUCCAGGUCCAGCUGUUUGGACCACAGUCCCAUCCCUGUGCUUCCUGGGUGUCCCUGCUUUCCUUUUGUCAGUCCCCCCUCGGGAUUGGUUAAGACCUCCUCCAGCACUUCAUCCACCAUAAACCAAGAGCCUCAGCUGCUCUCUCACUCUCUGCUUUUUAAAAAUAGGCUGGGACAUCAGCCUGGACAGCUAAGAGACCUGGAUUCAUCCUGGGGAUUGAGGAAUGCCUCAAUACUUCCCAGAUUCUUUAUAUCUGUGUGAAUCCUCUCAGUAAUUGUCUUUGUGUGUGUGUGUGUGUGUGUGUGUGUGUGUGUGUGUGUGUGUGUGUGUGUGUGUGUGUGUGUGUGUGUGUGUGUGUGUGUGUGUGUGUGUGUUUAUGUCUUUGCAUGUGUGUAUGUGAAGAUAGAUCUGAUAUUAGGAGCUAAAGAGAGGAUCUUCUGUCCAGAUGAGAGAGUGGACUGAGUGGGAGAUGAGCUUUUCAGCAGGAGGGUUCCUCUCCUCCUCGGAUGGUUACUGCUCCACAGAGCAGCUCCAGUACUACGGUGAGUCCACGGUCACACUGCUGUCUCUGCUGCUCCUCCUGUAAACAUGUUUUACACUACUGCUUGUCUCUUAACUUAUUCUAGUUUUCUUUUCACCCUCUAAAAUCAUCUUUGGUACUUUUUCACAAUGGCAUUUUUAACUAUUGAAGAAGGAUGCGUGAACCAUGAAUUUUUUCACUGUCAGUUGUAUCAAUCUAUAAAUGAUAAAUGAUCUCGAACAGUGCUGUGAAACAUAAUUGAUUGUAUCAUUAAAAACGUCUUUACUGGAGGUUGUAUCAGUAUUUUUUAAGCCGACUGAGCAUCUCAGCAGUAACUUAGUCUGUGAACUCGCAAUGACCUGAUUUAUCUACAUGGUAAGAUACUGCCAUUGUUUUGGGGAAUUUUAUUUGUUGUUUGGGGUUUUUGCAUCCAAUUUAAGUGAAAUUACCCUUUAUUGUGAUCAAACUUUGUUGAAAAGGCCUACCAUAGUACUACAGCCUCAGCCCUGCCUGAACCAUUUUUUUAAUCUUAGUUUUAAUGUGACAUGACUCACCAUUGUAAUGUGGACUCUCAGAGACAUCAUAAGAAGUCAUCAUUGAGUCUCGCAGUUUGUUCGAUAGCUUCAAGAAAUAUCUGACAGUGGGAAUGUGCCAAGACCUUUUGGCAUGGCUUGGCUUAAGUGGAGCGCUGACCUUUGUAGGGGUGGCAUGAAAUGCGCUGUAAGUGCACAUGAAUGUGUGGUAUUUAUGAACCAUUUCUCUGCCUACUUAUCCUGUCUACUUUAAUCACGAAUAAUUGAGUAUUGUAUGGAUUAUACAUAUUUGGUGUGUUAUUUUUUAACCCCAAAGAGGCAAGGUUUAAUGUAAAUCAUCUAACCUUUUUCUACAAGAACUUAAAAAGAAACGAAUCAAAAUACUUAUCAACGCACUGUCCAUCAGCAAUAUUUUUAUCAGCCAAGUUUUGAGAGGGAGAGACUGCAGACAUAUUGCAUUUUUUGACUGACAGUGUGCACAUAUGUGCUUGGCUUUUGUUGGACUGAUUCCUCUCCUGUACAUCUUUAUUAAACAAGUUUUCUGCAGAAGAACCAACCAUAAAACUGUGCUACAUUCAAAUGCAAAGAAAACCACUAGCAGCCCAUAUGGUCCAUUUUCACAUUCUGCAUCUGACACCAUAAACAGCCUAUCACAGGUAGGAAUUUGGGUUGGCACCAGGGGUGAUUGAUCAUACUUUAUGAUUAAUCACUCCUGGCCACACCUCUGGGUGCAUCUCUGUCAGAGAGACAGAAAAAAUAUAUAUAUAUAUUGAAGUUUGAUUGGUCUGGCUUUUGGUGAGAAAUGUUAGCUGUAAACUUUUGAAGAGAUUUUGUAACACUUGUAUGAAUGAGUCACUUUGUUAAAUCUGGAUUUUUUUUUUCUUGCUUUUGCUGCUGUUGUGGGACCACAUUUGCAAAUUUACUUUUAAUAAGAUCAAAAAUAUAGUUUACAGUAUAGUUAUAUAGCACAGACAUGAAUGCAUUAGGUAUCCAGCACAGCCUUAUCUCCUCCACUCUCACAGCUGAUAAACGAAAGGGCCCAAACAUGUAUUUACCUCAUUUAAUGACCCCAUGAAGUAAAAAAACAAAACACUUCUUGAGGAUGUUCAGCCGGCUCACUGCAUUCACAGCAUGCAGGGAGACUGAGCAUGCAUUACAGGAUCUAUUUAUAAGACCUAUAUCAUCAACAAAUUCCCUCGUUUUCCCCCCCUCCUGCCCUGAGGCGCUGGGGUUGAGGGGGCAGCUAUGGGGGGUGAUUUGCUGGUGUUGUUUGGCUCCCUGUCGUGCGUGGGAUGGAAAGGAGGCUGAGGAGUGUUUAGACAGUGUUUGAAUGGUUUACAAACAGUGUGCGAAUCACAGCUCUGUCACAAACUGAGAAAAUAAGGACUCCCCUGAAACCAUCGCCGCACAGCCGGGUAGAGACAGGAAACAUCUGGAGAAAAAACUAAAGAGACAACAAAAAGAUAAAGUAAAGAAAGAGAUUAAUAGAGGUCCUUAAAAGUGACGAGUCUGUUGAGAUGGACAUUUUUUCUGGGGUGUUCAUCUGUUAAAUGAACCAGUCCUUUAAAUUUACUGUCACCUAAACUUCCGAAGUAUUGAGAAAAUUCUGCUGCAAAGAAUUCCUCAGUAAAGUAUCUAUUAGUCAUUAAGUCUGGGCUGCAGACUAAGGGCUUAAAAAUAAUGACAAAAGCAAAAUUAUAAAAGUACCAGCAUCUAUUAGAAGACAGUAAGAGGUCUCCUUCUUACCUAUCAAGGAACAAAUUGUCAUGACUACUUGAUGUUUCGUCAAGAGACAGACCAGAAUAAGGGUGCCACUAAAUUGUAAAUAUGCCACCAAUAGACCAGGGGUGAAUCUAGAGGGGUGGUCAGGGGUGGCCUAGGCCCACCUUGAUAUCUUGAUGUCUUCCUUCUCAGGUGCUGAUCUAAACCCAAUGAUGACUGGCAGUUUGCACAGGUAGAGACUGGACAUUAUCACUUAUUUAGGCUGUGUUGUAACCACACUGUGUAAAACAUGGACUCUGUCUCAGUGAUGUGACCUUCUGAAGGGGAGUUUUGAAGACCAUGUUGGUUGCCAUAUCAAAAAUGAUGGCCCAUUUUAACUACUGACUGACCAGAAACAGACAAAGGGCUCUAUUUUCGUCCUUCGCCGUCGAUAUGCCACAGGCGCAGCGUAAGUCAGGUCCGCUGUGCCGACAAGGCGUUCCCAAGCACAAUUUGGUAUUUUGGUGAGCUCCUCCCAGCGGCGUAAGUCAGAGCGAGGGAGGAGAGAGGGCGUGGAGUGGGUUUAACACAGCUGAGACCUGUAUUGACCAAUAACAUAAGCUCCUCUCCUCGCCUUUAAAUCCACUGCCGGCGAGGCAUAUUACAAUUUUCGUGCAGUAGUCAAAGAGAUCAAGAGAUCUCUGAAGACAGUAAUGCCACAAGAUGGUGACAGAAGGCAGCUCCUCAACAAGUGUCACUGUAAGCACUGCAUUGGGCAUCCUCCACACUCUCUCAUAUAAGCACAGAUUGAUUUGGUGUGUGUAAUGUUGGACCCUGGUAAGACAAACAUCGUUUUCCACAAAUAAAGACACUCACAUAAACUUGCUCAUAUUCAAACCCCACAUGACAAAAGUGGGUUGUGCGCACAGAUCACAACAUUAACUCCAAAAAUGGCAUUAAAAUUGGAACCAUCUGUGCGUAAAUGACGCAUCGCUCUCGGCCUGGCUCUUUCUUUCAUAGAUGUUGGCAUAUAAAAUAAAUUUGGCUCACAAAACUGAAUAUUAUAAUAUUCAUACACUGUAUUCGGCUUAAAGUCCAGGUCGUGCUGCGCGAGAAAUAAGAGAAAGAGGAAGGAAGAAAAGGAGGGAGACAAAUUACAUAUCUUGUUCACCUUAUCAUGUGUGUCUAUUCACUAGAUAUUUAAUUUAAUUUGAUGCGGUUUCAGCUGUUUUGAUUUAGUCAGCCAAAUGUGUGCCAAAUGCUCUCAUCAGAUCAGAUAUAGAUCAGAAUAUAUCGAUAUAGAUCUAAAUGUAUGUGCUGACUCAGAUUAUUAGUUGUUGAUGAUUAUUUAUUGCACUGAAAUGUGCCUGACACUGUGGAAACCUGUCGGUGAGGCAUCGGUGACAUAUGCAGAUACGCCGCAGGUCUACCAAAAUACCACUAGACCAGUUGCGCUCCGCCUGUGCUGAAAGCUGACCAGGUUUGAAGCGGCGAGCUUUCAGCGCACUUUAUACCCCACUAGCGAGCACGAAAAUGUCCCUGCACCAGCUGAUUCUGUCAACACCUCCCUUGCCAUGCCACCACGCCCAGCUUGGCGGACCUCGGUGCGCCUCAGUCUACGAAAAUACCAAACUGGCUGUAUGCCGGGCUCCGCCAGAUGAAAAUACUACUGUGCGGGGUCCGCCACCCUCCCUGGCAGACACGGAAAUAGAGCCCAAAGAGGUGGAGUUGGAGAGGGCCUUAAGCUCAGUGGUGAAUAGCUACAAUGUGCCCACCUGUCAGUGAACUCACCAACAAUCCAACUUUUGCUGAUUUAUUGAAGCUCCUGUGAGAAACUUUUGGUCCAGGCGAAUCCUGGCGUCCCCUGUGGACAAAACAAUCUUAGCUUAUGUUUUCCACUGAAUGCUGAAAUCCCAAUUGCUAACCAAAAUUUCAUCCUUCUGACUUUAAACAGUCAAAUGUUUUAAUAACUUUAAACUCCCAUUAACUUUAAGUGGGAAAUAAAAAAAACAGGGCUGUUGGCUCAGCUGCUCCUCUGACACCUACCCCCUAACAAUGGUUUUAGGAAUUAAAAUUUACAAUAUAGAAACAAUCUGUCUUGUCUAUGUUGGUCUUUUUUUGCUUUGGUAUACCACAAAAAUGUCUCAAUAUGAAUUUCAUUCUAUUUUAAAAACAUAAAAAAACUCCUCACAGGAACUUUAAUAACUCUUUGUUUUGAAAUGACAAUAUUUUUCCUUUGGAAAUAAAUUCAUUGGUGUUUUGCCUUGCUUUUUGAAUAUUUUGGAUACUGUGCAUGGUAGAAGUCAAAUAGAAAUCAAGAAUUAAGACAGAAAGUCCAAAUAAAACGUUUUUUUUUUUUUUUUUUUGUACAUACUUAAUGCCACCCCUGCAUAAAUCGGUGCCCCUAUUUGGCCACCCCGGUUUAUAAUGUCUGCUAACACCCCUACUCUGGACACUUCAACCAAUCUGAGAAACAAACCAUGUAGUGAUAUAAGACCAUAUUUGGGUUUCUUUGAUUGGCAGGGCAGCUAGAUAAAUAUGCCACAAUAAGUAACACAUGAGUUUGCAGAUUUUGUCUGGUUCCUGGGCUGAUAAUGACCUUGCUCUGGCUGAGGGUACUAAAUCCAUCAACUCCACCUCCAAACCCCCCUGACAUGUAAUCUUUUAAACCCAAACGACAAGUUGUUUGGUCAAAGUGAGCUGUGCCUUUAUUUAUCUGGGCUUUAGAGUCACUUGUUUAGGAGGUUUUAAACACUGAGCUUCAGAAGUGCUGGAUUUUAGAUUAAGUUUUCCCUUUUGUGAGACCCAGACUUGCUGUUUCCUUUUUUUCAGUCUUGCAGCUCAGCCAAGCUAGCUGGCAACCAACUCUUUAAGCAUCUCUACAGGGCUGGAUGGAUUAAGCAUAGACUCCAGCCACAGUUUUAAACAUAAACUAUUCUCGUCAUCACAUUGAUAAAACAUGAACCCUCAUCUUCAGACAUGUUUUACUCUUUAUUUCCCAUCUUUAGCAGUUGGGUGGGCUCCCUGUUUAAUCAUUUAAUGACAGAUCCCACAGUGGUCCCUCUUGUUCUGGUCCAGCUGUGCUUUAAGAGGCUGCCAGUGGUCACACAUGUUUUCUCAAAGGACCCCAGACGAACAAAACACAAACUGCCGACCCCUUGUCAAAGUCGUCUCAGCCCGUCACAACACUGAACAGACAGUACAGCCCGACAUAUCCAGGAAAGAGGAUCAAAACAUCCUAAAUGGCGCUCGACGAUCUCAGCUGCAUCCGGUUUGAGCAGUCAGAGCAAGUUCACAAGAUCUCAUUCUCAGCUCUUUAUUGUAUCCCCUCAAGAGCCAUAAAGGCAGUGAAAACACGUAGACCACCAUCCUGUGACGCACUUUGACUUUGUUACAGUGCUGCUUUUCAUCCACAUUCAUGGAAAGUGAGUCUAAUUUUCAGAAAUGGUGUUAAGAGCUGGCUCACCCCAGUUCUAGUCAGGAUUAUUUAUGAUUUGCACGCAGAAAAAUAAUCUUAUCCUUCUAUGUAAAGCCCAGAUAAAUUCAUAGCUAGAACUUCAACAUGCUUUCCAAAGUGCUCUGAACCUGAUUACCAUCUUAUGUAAAAACUCUUUUUUUUAAAGCAGAAUCAAGGCACAACUAAAGACAGGCAGACCUGGGUACUGUCAGAACCAGGGAGGGUAAAUUCUUCCUCCCAGCAGUGGUGUAGUUAGGGGAGGAAGGAGGGUGGCCACCCCCUUUGUGCUCCCUUGGAUGCUCCUGAAGUAAACAAAAUGCCAGAACAUGUCCCCUCUGGUGCCUUUUCCAUGUAAAAUUAAGACUGAAGAAGUUCCCUCUGAAUGCCCGUCCAAUGUAUGAAAGGUUAAAAGGUUCACCUUCAUUAUAUUGUAUAUGUGAAGUUGACAUGCAAGGUUUGAGAGUCAAGUUUAAUACUCCAGGAAGUCUGCCCUUUCGUUUCUGUAACAUCCAGGCAAUCUACUGAGCAGAACUGUCAUAUAAAAGUUUUAGCAACCCACCACUGUGUUUUUUAACGGGCUUGAACUGGUUUUCUUGUGAAUCUAUGCCUUAUGAUCACAAAGAGUCAAAAGUCAGGAGCUCAAAUUAUGGUCUUCAAAUGUCAUUGUCAUUUAGUAGAACUUUCUGUGUGCUAGUGCCCAAUGACAUGCAGGGGGUGCUUUUUCAUUUUUUGUGCCCCUGACCCUCAAACUAUCUGAAUACACCACUGCUUCUGGGUGUCCUGGUUUUAAUCUAACAGGAGAUCUUAAUUGAUUUCUUGGAGAACAGAUGCCAUAUUUAUUUAUUUUUAGUUAUUUUUUGGGGCAAUUUUUGCCUUUUGAUUGAUUGGACAGGGUGAAAUGUGGGGAGACAGAGAGAGAGGGGUGGACAUGCAGCACAUGAUCGGGGCCGGACUCGAUCCUACAACCGCUGCAGGGACCAUGGUCCCCAUACAUGGGGCGCCUCAACCUGCUCGGCCAUCUGUGCACCCCCAGAUGCCUUAUUUUAACACUAUUUUAUUUGCUACUCUGUCCUUUCUGCUCUUUGACUUCCUAAGCAAUUUAGGUCUCACUUUUAAUAUCUCAAAAUAAAAUGUUGUUUCUGGUGUUUUUAGAUGAAUGUAUCUGAAAUGAUAUUUUUUCCUAUUUUAUAAAGUUAUCUUCAUGGCAUUUCUGUCUUUAUUUUUUGAGGUGGCUGAAUAGAGACAGGAAAUGUGGGUAGCAGAGUUUGGGGGGAUAACAUGCAGUGAUAAGUCAGAGUUAAGGGUGAACCUGCAACAACUGCAAUGCUGUAGAAUCGCAAAUCUUAGCUGGUGCAUCAGUGCUAUGUCUAGUUAUAAUAUCACUUAAUUUAGGCCACAUUUUUUAAAAAAUAUCAGACAAACUCAUUUCAAGAUACAAUGAUUACAAUAAAAUGAGGCUGUAGCUACUAAAAUGGCUGCUGGUACAACAAGCAUCAUUUCCUUAAAAAGUUUGAAGCACAAGGUUGGCCCUGCUCCUUAUUUCAGUAGAUUUGUAAAUAAAUGUAUGUUAUUUCUACUCUGACUCAGGGAGCUUAGAUUUGAUAUGUUCUAUGUAUGUAUGUAUGUAUGUAUGUAUGUAUAUAUAUACAUAUACAUAUAUAUAUAUAUAUAUAUAUGUAUAUAUAUAUAUAUGUAUAUAUGUAUAUAUAUAUAUAUAUAUAUAUAUAUAUAUAUAUAUAUAUAUAUAUAUAUAUUGAGACUCACACCUGAUUUAAUCAUAUUAACGCACUGUAUGCUUGCUGCUGCACGCUUCUCUUCUAAACUGUUAGCCCAAAUACACUCAAUGACAUUCAUGGCUAAUGCUGUGUAGACAUCCAAAACAUAAAAAAACGGUUAUAAGGUCUCUUUGAACCGAGAUUCAGUAUUUCUGCACACCAAAAAUCCCUCAUACCCAGAGUGCUUUUGUGCAUAUCAAUGCACUCAUGCAGACAGGUGCAUCAAGAACCUGGUCAUGUUCCACAUAAAUAUUAAAACCCCAAAGAAGAUCAAAAGCAGCUGGAGAGUCUGAACCAGGAUACUGAUGAGCAAGACGCUGGUUAAACUUAAAAGUUCAAUCAUGCCUCUUGUGUUCAGAGACUCUGUCUUCAAAUCAGAGGCUUGAUUCCUGCCCUCGGUCUCUCUGUGGUAUCGCAUUCCUCACUUUCACCUCUCUGUUUCCAACUCAAUCUAAUGUCCUGUCCGCUCAGUAAAAGCAUGAAAAAGACCAUAGAUAAUAUUUGUAAAUUAGAUCAAUAAAUAAACAACCUAAGCUAAUAUUCGACAGAUGAUAAAGGCCUCAAAAACGAUGAAAAACUUUAAAUUUUGAGGAUAAGGACAUUGUUUGACAAGAAUAAGCUCCAAAUUAAAUUGUGAUAAAGCUGUAAAAUGGUGAGAAAUACAUCAUUAUUAUUGGUGAUGGUUAAUAAACAUGUAAAAUAUCAUUAAUAAGAAGAGCAGUUUGUUGUUUGUACUUAAAUGAGGAACAUGAAUCAUUUUGGGAAGUUAAAAGUUGAGAACGAACAGAGGUUGCGGAAGUGUACACAGGCAUCCCGAAAGGCCUAGAGCUGCUGAAAUAUACCAGUAAUGAUCAUAACUGUCCUCUUGAGUUACUAAAUUAAUGAUACUGUGUUUAACAUGAUCAUACAGUAUUACCAUGAGUUCACAGUGGCCCUUUCUGUUGGUUGCCUCAUGUCUCUAAAAAGAGGAGAGACGAAUGAGAGCAUUCCUCUGAGAGAUGAUCCACCACUUUUUUUUUUCAUUGUGAAUUCAAAAACAAUGUCAGAGCUUGUGCUUCUUUGCUCAUUUUCAGUCAGCGCUGUAAUUUAAAGAUCAACCAGAAGUAGCUCAUACUUCAAAAUAGUAAGAAGCAAAGUUUACAGUGCAGGAAAUAAAACAAUAAAUUAAACAAAGCACAGGACAGAAGUUUAGAGAUGUUGAUAAAUCAUAUAAUUGAACAUUAUUAAAAUUUGUAAAUCACAUUUCUGUUCCAAAAAUCUCUUCAUUUAUCUUCUACAUUGUGGCUGUAAUACUCUGUCCCUUCAUUUAACUCACCUAAAGGUUGAAGAGGUCGAGGUCUGAGUUUUGAACCUCCCUGAAGGUUUCAAAGGCACUGAAGUUUCUUUCCCUGCGGUCAUAAAAUGCCAGAACUAAAAAUAUCCUUGCUUGCAUCCCUUUCCAAAAUUUCCCACUGUGUAAUUUUCCAGGAAGUAUUGUCAGGAAAAACUAAUCAGAUCACAAAUCAGAAGAAACAGCAAAGCGGCUUAAUGUGGAGAGCAUAAUUCAAAUGGAGAAGGAAUUUGAAAGGCAAAGAAAAGAAAUAGGAAUAAAAGGUUUGGCAAUAAAAACAGAGAAAAAGACAUGAAAACAGAAUGAAAAUUGAACACAGAGUUGCAGAUCCAUAAUGAAAUGGUCUUUCCCUUUGUUUCCAUACUUUAAUUUCACAUUGAAUAAACACUGAAUGCACAGACUGUCCCUUUACUUCCAUCUUCUUUCAUUUCAGACAUGCUGACUGACCCCCUGGGCUACCCCCUGCAGGACCCGGACCUCCAGCUUCUCCCUUACAGCCAACAACAAUACAGCCCUGCCAACCUGCCCUUCCCUCUCUAUGGCUCUCCUCCCUCCUCCACCUCCUCUCCUUCCUCCUCCUCUUCCUCCUCCCAGCCCUGCCAUCCUCAGUACUACUACAGCCCUCACUGCCUGGAGGUCCCCUGUGAUCCCAGCCCCGAGCCCCACUGUGGGGGUCUGGUUCAGGGGCUCGGGGUGGCAGGGCUGCCUCUGGGACGUAGGUCUCGGAUGGGGUUGGGAGGGAAAAGCAGAGGUCAGGAUGAGCUGUGUGUGGUGUGUGGAGAUAAGGCGUCAGGGUAUCACUACAACGCGCUCACCUGUGAGGGAUGCAAAGGUAGCUCUCUGGCUUCAGUCGAAUCACCUCCAACAUUUCUUUUCAAACUUCCCUGACCUUUUCUUCUUCCCCCUGGAUGUAGGUUUCUUCAGGCGUAGUGUGACCAAAAAGGCGGUGUAUCACUGUAAGAGUGGAGGUGGAUGUGAGAUGGACAUGUACAUGAGGAGAAAGUGCCAAGACUGCAGGCUGAGAAAGUGUCGCGCUGUGGGGAUGUUAGCUGAGUGUGAGUCACACAUGUUUAUCGCAAGUAAAAAGCAGAACGAAAGUCUUACUUAACUAAUUUUUCAAACUUUAUGUAAGUCUAAAAAUGCAUUUUCUUGCUCUCAGGCCUUCUGACGGAGGUGCAGUGUCAGUCCAAACGACUGAGAAAAGGAGGAAAAGGAAGAGGACAGGAGGAGGAGGAGAGCACAGACAGUAGGAGGGUCAGCUCUACCAGCAGACUACCUGGACAGGUAUGAGAGAGGAGGGCUGGCUCUUUGUAAAUGGUUAGAUGGCAGAAUGAACUGGAUGGAAGUUUUAACAAAGGUCAUGGUGACAUGGACUGAGCAUGGCAUUGGUAGGCCAAGAUAGAGCUGAACAUAUAAAGACAUGGACUGAAACUGAAGCAAGUAAACACCAACUGUGCACUCAUACUAAACUUCAUUGUUAUCUCCGCCAAGGAGGUUAUGUUUUUGGUAGCGUUGGUUUGUUUGUUUGUUUGUCUGUGAACAACUUUACGGAGAAAGUUGCAGACAGAUUGACCUGAAAUUUUCACCAGAGGUGCGUCUCAGCCCCGGGAGGAUCCCAUUACAUUUUGGUGGUGAUCCGGAUCGCCUUCUGGAUCCAGGAAUUUUUUGAAGGAUUCUUUAUCAUUGUGAGAUAGGGCAAAUGUUGGAAUUUUUCCAUUUAACUCUAUAAAAAUGGCCAGAGUCUUUAGUAAAAAAUUACACAAAAGGAUCUCAAUGAGUUUUAUGAGGUGUCAAAGGUUGAUCCUGAUCCAGACAAAAUUCCAGAUACUGUGAUCCAGAACACACAAAAAUUUUCAAGAAUUUUCAAUGCUGAAAGAUAACCAGUGGGCGGCACAGUGGUGUAGUGGUUAGCACUGUCGCCUCACAGCAAGAAGGUCCUGGGUUCGAAUCUGGGUCAGGGCAUUUCUGUGUGGAGUUUGCAUGUUCUCCCUGUGACUGCGUUGGUUUACUCCGGGCACUCCGGUUUCCUCCCACAUCCCCAAAACAUGCCUAAGUGGAGUUAGGUUAAUUGGCCACUUCCAAAUUGCCCAUAGGUGUGAAUGUGAGCGUGGAUGGUUGUUCGUCUCUAUAUGUCAGCCCUGCGAUGAACUGGUGACUUGUCCAGGGUGUCCCCUGCCUUCGCCCAAAGGGGCUGGGGUAGGCUCCAGCCACUCCCCCGGGAAUAAGCGGUAGAAAAUGAAGAUACAAGGAAGUGUACGCUUACAAAUAUUGCAUAAUAAAUCAUGCAUUUAUGUAUCUAAUAUGAGCUUUGUUGUUUUAGGAACAUUAUGAACAGUGAACAUACCAGUUUAAACACAAAUAAAAGUUAAUAAAAGACACGUAGCAGUUAAGGUUUUGGUGUGAAUCACAAUAUAAGGGGGGGGCAUGAGCUGCUUGGCGGAGGUCUGCGCUCUCCGAGUGCUUUCCUAGUUCAUCAUUGUUUUCAAGCUCUUGUAAGGAACUUCUGUUUGUGUCUAUUUUGAUGCCCCCUUUGGACAAACCAGCCUUUGCUCAUCCUGUCAUCCACACUGUUUCAUCCAAGUGACAAACCUUUAAUAUGACUCUCUCACAAAUCUAAUAUUCCCUCUCUUCAGCUCACUUUGUGUCUGUUUGCUGUAAAGCCAAAAGUUAGUGUCAAAGGUCAAACAAUGACCUUUUCCCACAUCCAUCCAUGUAGCUCUGGCGCCUCCAACAAGCCAAAGUGUGACCCUUUAUUUUGGUGUCAAGCAAGGGCGCACAAUUUAGUAUUUGGGAGUGUUUUGGAAGUAUCACAUGCCAAAAGUGGCAUGGCUUUGCGGGAUGUUUUAUACAAUCCAAAUGUGGUUGAUGGAAGAUUGAAAAAAAAGGUGCACAAAUAACCUGUACAUAAAGGAAAGACAGACUAGUAGGGUGACUUUAAGCUAAAAUGUUUGGAGUUUGAAUGAAUAAAUUAAUGUAUUUCUUUAUUAUGAACAUGUAUGCAAAGAAAUUCAAUAAAUAGAAAAUGCCAUUUACAAACAAAGAAAAUAAAAGUAGUGAAGUAAUUGUACAUGUUCGAAAAGGAGAUGGAAGAAGUAAAUACUUUUUGAAUUCCUGCCCAUAUUUAUUUAUAUUUUAACUAUAUCCAAUAUUCAUAUAUUAUAUAGCAAAAUACUAAUCAAUUUCAACAUAAUUUUAUGGUUUAUUUAUUUAUUUACUUAGCCUUUGUUCUCAUUAAUGACACACUUCGUCUCCCAUAUACUUGUUCAUAAACAGUUUUUUAUACCUCUCUUUGAACAGAUUGAUGUUUGUACUUUGUUUUAUCUCCAUAUCCAAAUUGUUCCAUAAAGUCACCCCACAGCUUGAUAUGCAGGAAGUUUUCAUUGUUGUUCGAGCCUUUUGUUUUUUAAAAUUCAGGUUUCCCCUUCGAUUAUACCCUCCCUCCUUUUCUGUAAACCUUUCCCGGAUUGUAUUUGGCAGUAGAUUAUUUCUUGCUCUAUACAUUACAAGUGCUGUUUUUAAAAUUAAUUAAGAACUAUGGAAACAGUUUGACAUUUAAAAAGUAUCUAAGAAGCCUGAAAAUCUUCUAAAAAAAGGCAAGCAGGUCUAUAUAAUGUGUGAUCAACCCCCUGAAAAAGGUUAUUUCCAAAUGUAAUGCUUUGUGGCCAAAACAAAAACACUGAUUUUCUGUGCUGCUGUGAAAUUUCACACAUGAAAUGGCUGUCACCAAAGGUUUGUGAUUUAGCGCUAAAUCUAUUUAAAGUACUUAUUGAGUUAAAGCUUUCUGGAAUUGUAGUCACCUUAUUGUAGGAGAAGUGGCAAAUAGCCGCAGCUGCAGCUGUACGUGGAAAAAUGACAAACACAUCAUAAUCAUAAACCAAGUCUGUGUUUCUCCUUUGGUUUAUGCACAGGUUACACAUCACUACUCAGGGAUUGAUCGCCAUGAACAGAUGUCUGCAUUUCAUCUUCAACCACAUGAGUAAAACACUUUGUAGCAUUUAGCAAGUUACAGUGGAGAGGAGGAACUUCCUCUAACAGGCAGAAACCUCGAACAGAACCAGACUCAUGUUAGACAGUCAUCUGCUGAGACUGAGCUGGGUUUAGAGAGAGGAGAGAGGGAGAUGGAGAAAGAAAGAGAUGGACUGAGGAGAGACUGAUGCAGAGAAGACAGUAUAAGUGACUAAUUGGGCAUGAUGACUCAAAGUUAAGGACACAGACAGAAAUAAAUAAGUGCAGCUAAUGGUAAGUCAUAGAUGGAAUCAUGAAAAUGUGCAGCUUAUGCAGUUUUUGGUCAAAUUUUCCCAUUUAGAAAGUUGUGCCCGAAUAAGAGAUAGAAGGAAAUGCCUCUUUUGGUUAAUCUGUAGAUGAUCUCAUAGAGUAUUUAUUGUGCAGCAAGUUGGAUGAUUGAAAGGGUCUCUCCUUAGGUGGUGAAUUUCUCAAUGCACACUUUAUGUUGUUUUUUUAAUGUGGUUAAUACAGAAUAAGUCUGACAUUGGUCUAAUUGUGUUUUAUGCUGGUUUUUAUCUCCACCAGGCUCUGUCCACCAGUUUAUCCCGAGAGCAGAAGUACCUUGUGGACAGGAUGGUGGAGUCCCACAGACAGUACAGAGCUCAGGACAGCAGCAAUUGUAGAGUAAGUCUAUUGACUCUAUAGAUGAAGACAAAUAGAUAUGUUUUUUUUUGGCCCUCAUGGUUUCAUGUCUGUGUCUGUUCAGUUUGAGUGGACGUGCACAGAGGAAGGGGAGAGUUUAUCUGAUGUUUUAUCUCCAAACCUGCAAAGACUGUUGCAGUUUGCCAGGACAGUACCAGGUGAGAUGGAGGGGAACAUGUGACCCUUUUAUAAUAGAUUUUGCUUCACUAUGUUCAUAACAACAACAAUGAGCAUUCUUUUUUGGCACAUGAACAUGUGUGGGUUGAAGAAAGGUGUAUAUAAGGAUUAUAUUUGGAGAGGUGAACUGAAAUUCCCCCCCUUACAGGUUUUGACCUCCUGGACUUCUCAGACCAGAGCUCUCUGUUGUCCAUCUCUUCUCUGGAGGUCAUGUUCCUGCUCUCUGCUCAGCAGUUCUCACACAAUCCAACAAGCCCCAGCCCAGGUGAACAGCAACACACAUGCAUUCAAGAUUCAUGCAUGCAGCUAAGUGUCUACGACAGGUCUAGAUGCUCAUUACUCUGUGAAAUAUCUGUCCCCCCUCCUGAUCAGCCCUGCAGCUUUUCAGUGUAUCAACACAUAACUGGCUCAGAAAUGUGGAGUCAAAGGAAAACAUGCACAGCCGGACCCCAGUCAACCCAGGUGAACUCAGACACACACACUCUCUCUCAGAAAACUUAUUACAAAACCCAAUUCAAUUGAAGUUGGGAAAUUGUGAUAAAGGUAAAUAAAAAAAGAAUAUAAUGAUUUGCAAAUCCUUUUCAACCCAUAUUCAAUUGAAUACACUACAAAGACAAGAUAUUUAAUGUUCAAACUCAUAAACUUUAUUUUUUUUCAAAUAAUUAACUCAGAUUUCAUGGGUCAACACGUGCCAAAGUAGUUGGGACAGGGGCAUGUUUACCACUGUGUUACAUCACCUUUCCUUUUAACAACACUCAAUAAACGUUUGUGAACUGAGGAGACUAAUUGUUGAAGCUUUGAAGGUGGAAUUCUUUCCCAUUCUUGCUUGAUGUACAGCUUCAGUUGUUCAACAGUCCGGGGUCUCCGUUGUCAUAUUUUAUGCUUCAUAAUGAGCCGCUCAUUUUCAAUGGGAGAGAGGUCUGGACUUCAGGCAGGCCAGUCGAGUACCCGCACUCUUUUACUACGAAGCCACGCUGUUGUAACACGUGCAGAAUGUGACUUGGCAUUGUCUUGCUGAAAUAAGCAGGAAGGGCGUCCAUGAAAAAGAUGUUGCUUGGAUGGCAGCAUAUGUUGCUCCAAAACCUGUAGGUACCUUUCAGCAUUAAUGUUGCCUUCACAGAUGUGUAAGUUAGCCAUGCCUUGGGCACUAAUGCACCCCCAUACCAUCACAGAUGCUGGCUUUUGAACUAUGAGUCGAUAACAGUCCAGAUGGUUCUCUUCUUCUUUGGCCCGGAGGACACGACGUCCACUAUUUUCAAAAACAAUUUGAAAUGUGGACUCGUCAGACCACAGAACACUUUUCCACUUUGCAUCAGUCCAUCUUAGACUAGCUUGGGCCCAGAGAGGCCGGCGGCGUUUCUGGAUGUUGUUGAUAAAUGGCUUUGGCUUUGCAUAGUAGAGUUUUAACUUGCACUUACAGAUGUAGCGACGGACUGUAUUUACUGACAGUGGUGUUCUGAAGUGUUCCUGAGCCCAUGUGGUGAUAUCCUUUACACAUUGAUGUUGGUUUUUGAUACAGUGCCACCUGAGGGAUCAAAGGUCACGGGCAUUCAAUGUUGGUUUCCGGCCAUGCCGCUUACUUACCAGAUUCUCUGAACCUUUUGAUAUUAUGGACCGUAGAUGUUGAAAUCCCUCAAUUCCUUGCAAUUGUACUUUGAGAAACAUUGUCCUUAAACUGUUCGACUAUUUGCUCACGCAGUUGUUCACAAAGUGGUGAACCUCGCCCCAUCCUUGCUUGUGAAUGACUGAGAAUUUUGGGGAAGCUGCUUUUAUACCCAAUCAUGGCACCCACCUGUUCCCAAUUAGCCUGCUCACCUGUGGAAUGUUCCAAAUAGGUGUUUGAUGAGCAUUCCUCAAAUUUCUCAGUAUUUUUUGCCACCUUUCCCAACUUUUUGGCACGUGUUGCUGCCAUCAAAUUCUAAAGUUAAUGAUUAUCUGCAAAAAGAAAAUGAAAAUGCCAAAAAAAAAAAAAAAAAAAAAAAAAUCACAAUUUCCCAACUUCAAUGGAAUUGGGUUUUGUACAUCUGACAGGUUGAUUAGAGUUAGUUAAGGAAAUGUAUUUCAAAUAGAUUAAAGAUUUUUGUGGUGUGAGCAGGAGGCAGUGAGGAUCUCCUCGGCCCUGUGCUCAAUUUCUUCCACAGCAUGGCGACGCUGCGAGUGACAGAGGCUGAAUACUCGCUGCUCACGGCUACAGCUCUGCUCUGCUCAGGUCAGACAAUCUGUGGUCUUUAAGUUGAGGAUGUUUGUUCUCAGAUAAUCCAAUCACGUGUACAGCAAAGAUACACAGACAUUAUAUGCAGUGUUAGAUGAUCAAUAUAAACUAUCUGGAGCUGUUCAGCAGGAUGUGAUAGAGGAAUAACACCUUUAAAUGAUUCACUCAGUCAGACUAUGUUGUUUUUGUGCUCAGUAAGCGGUGAACCCAAAGUCAUACAUUUGCACAAAAAACAGAGAUUAUUUGUUGUACAUUUGUCUUUCUGUCCCCGUCCUGCAGACCGUGCAUCCCUACAUGCAGCCAGCUGUGUUGAAAAAAUGCAGGAACUGAUCCUGGACCUGCUGUCCAGAGUGUGUGGGGCUCAGGCUGGAGCUGCACGAGGGGGACCACAGCGUUUUGGCCGCCUGCUGGGCAGACUGACAGAGUUACGAACUCUCCGUCACAACUACCUCCUCCUGACGAGACAGCAGCCCGGACUCUGAUGAAGACAGUUGUUAAAUAGUGACAUGCAGCGCAAUCAUCUCGGGGGAAUUUCAUUCCUAAAUUUUCAUGCUCUUGGGUUCUGUGUGAGCAGAGAAAAUCUACACGUUUGUUAUGAAGUUAGUUUUUUUUUACCUGGUACUGACUCAUAAAUCCUUACUUCGCUUAUUCAGUCCUGGAGUCGAUGUUAAAGUUCAGCUUUCGAGAGAGUUGUAACGUGGACUUUAUUUUAUAUGCUUUGAGAAAAAACAACAGCAUUGUUUUAUAAAUGUUUUUAUAUCUGUUGUAGACAGCUAAAAUGCACAUUUAACACUGAUUACAAAUAUACCUUAUAUUGUGACAUUUAAAAAACGACAUGGGUUUUAUCAUUGAAUAGAUAAAUUUCAGUUUGAAGUCAGCGACUGAUUAAAAUCCCAUUCAGAGGAAAAGAACAAAAGCAGGGUAUAUGUAUUAAUCUGUCAAUCCAGAUUACACAUGGUCAUUUCUGGAUUCAAGGAGACAUACUCCAUACCUAACUAGAAGUUUCAAACCAGUUUUAAACCAAUCCACAGACCAGUGGGUGACUACAAGGUGACCAGAUUUGCUCAGCCUGCUUAGCUUGGUCUUAGUGGUCAUUGAGCAUAUGGUCACACAAGAGUGAAAUUAGGCUCAAAGACACAUAAUCCAAAGCAGUUUGCAGGCUUACUUGUUCAACCAAAACACAUAAAUCUUGCUUCAAUCAGUCUGUCUCUGAACUCAUUUCUUUGCCUCCCUGCUUUGAUCAGUUAACUCUUGCUCAUGCUGCUCCAAGGCAGGUCAUGUGUAUAUAUGUUACCAUGGCAACACAUCCCAGAAUGAAAUAAAACUCCCUCCUGGCACAGAAACCUCCGGAUCACCCCACCUCACUUACCCAGAAUCCAGCUUCAGAGUAAAAUCCCCUGAACUCACAUCUGUUUUUAAAAAGUAAAGGCAGGAAACCGCAGUGAAGUAUUCCAAAAGGUCUUUAAUAGAGCAUUUAUUCCCAAAAUGUGGAAAUACUGGUUCAGACAAAAUAUUUGGUGAGCAGGUAAAAUAUGCAGGUAGUACAAGCUUAUAAAGGUGUAUGUUUCCAUUUGAUAAAAUGGGGCUCUGGACAAUAAAUAGAAUCUUCUGGGGGGUCAAAUGUGAAUGAAGGUGGUUGAUCUCGACUUCAACCAUCAACAUCAAAACCGAACAUGUGAGAACCUGUCUGUUAAAAUGCUGGCUGCAUGUUUUUAAAACCUCACUCUGCUUUAAAUAAGAUUUAAUUCUCCACUUAAAACCAAUAUAGCUUUAUUUCUAUAAUUCUGUCUUCCAUAAAUAAAUUAUUUCUCUCUGUAUCAAAAAGAGAAUUCAAAUAUAAAGAACAAUGGCUCAUUGUGUUGUAUGCUCUGAAUGUACACACACACUCACUUACACACACAGCACAAUGAAAUUACAUCAGAGACAAGCUAAGAAGUUGCAGCAAGUCAGGAAUUAUUUUAUGUUCACAAAUAUACACAGCCUCGCUUUGCCCCUGGUGGGUUGAUUGAAAUACGCAUUUUAAAAACAGCAACAUUAAAUUAAAUUGGGUUUGAUAAUACACGUACAUAUGUACACAAAAGUGUGCCUUUUAUAAUAUACAAGUGUCUUUGUAAAAGAUUAAAAUGUAAAAAGCUAUUGUAUAAAAGAUGGCAGUGAUCCAUUCAUAAGUCUUCUGCGCUCAUAUAAAUAUGUCAAAUCUCUUUUCUGACAAUUUGAUUCCUUGGCAGUAGCAUUAUACAAAAUAAAGGGGAAUUCUUUUACACUUGAUCCUGACACACACACACCUGCGGCACAUCCAGGUGAAAUAAACAGGUACCUUGAUACACACCUGGUCAGUGCUUGAACACUUAUUGACCACAGCAACGUGAGACCUAAAGGUGACUUCAUUCACUGGAGCUCCACAUCAACAACCAGGACAUAAAGGCAUUCAGCACAGCUCUGUGUGUCGCACACUAGUGGUUUGGUAAAGAACUACAGUUCAGGCCUCUGUGCUGCCACGGCAACCUCUUCAGACCACAGUGUGAAUACAGAUUCAGCUGGCAGCAGGACUCUGCCCACCUGCUGCUUUAAGACGAAGGAGAAAUGCAUAGUGGCUGACUGAGAGUGCAGACAGGGCUCGCUGUCGCCCUCUACAGGUAGUUAGAGGCCACAAAGCCGUGGUUGUGGCUGACCCUGCUCUGGUGGAUCAUGGCUCGGUCGUACGCCACCUGGACCGACUUGCGGAUGCUGGACUUGCGGCCCUCCAUUAUGCGCAGCUUGUCUGCUGUGUCGUCCACACCCAAGCGUGUCACCUUGUCCCGUGGGAGCCACUGCC